AAAAAAAAAAAAAAAAAAAAAAAAAAAAAAGAAUGAUAAAAAGAAAAAAGAAUGAUAAAAAGAAAAUGAAAAGAAAAUGGAAAAAAGGCAAGGAAAAGAAGAAACAAAAAGAACCUAUGAAAAAAAGGCGAGGAGGAAAAAACUCAACUUGUCAACAAUGCCAAGGUUAACAGCAGACUGACCACACUCAUUUAUUAUUAUUUCCUUGAAUCUCUCAUCUCUCAACCACUUUUUCUUUUGUUAUCUCUUCACUUUCAACUCCAUACACUAUUUUGGGCUUUGUCAUGAUAAUUCAGGUGGAGAAUCACACUUUUUCAUCUAUUUAUCUUUGCUUUUCAUGAAAUUUACAAAUGAUUCAUCUUUCACAUGAAAAUGUCUUUUUGCUACACUUGCAUCAUUUAUACAUUAUCACUUCUUCUAUUAAGUCUGCAUAAUUAGGCUUUGUUUGACACUUUCUCUACAAUUCUGUCUGUUUUCUGAUUCUACUCUCAAGUAUUUUGCUUUGAUUAUUGAUUCUUCCUGUUCUCACCCUUGUCUCAUUUUCACUCUGGUUCUUUUCUUCUGUGCGGAUUUCACUACUAUUCCCCAUCCUGUUUUUUUUUUUUUUUUUUUUUUUUUUUUGGGGGGGGGAGGGGUUAAGUUCUUUCAGUGUGUGUCUUUCUUGAUUUACUUCUUUCAGAAAUUGGGGGAAAGGGAAAUAGCCGUAGCAGUAGUGGCUUGUUAUUUGGAAUAGGGAAGGGAUAUUUGAAUAUUAGGGAAACUGAGAAUGGAAAUGGAAAUGAAAUGAAUUUCAAUGAGAGCAGUUUAGUUAAGUUACAGUUACAUACAUGUGUGAACAGGACAUGUGAAUAUAAUAAAUGGAUUAGAUCUGAACUGGAAGAAAAUGACUAGAAUGAGCAUUCCCUCUCAAGGAUAUUUGAUUUACUUCAUUGUUGUAUUUAUAAUAAAAGAGUCUGUCUGCUCGAAGGCUCUUCAUCACCAUCAAAUCAUUAAGGUGUGGCGCACGCAAGUACAGUACAGUACGGUGCGUAAUAACACCAUACCCAGCCUGGCAUGUAUCUCCGAUGUCACGCGCGGUUCGGUUCUGUUUACCACCAACCGCGACCUAUUAUUAUUUAUUUUUAUUUUCAAGAAUGUAUUUUCUAUUUUCUUCUCUUUUCCCUCUUGAUCGAAGCUCAAUCAAUCAAAUCAAUUAAACAAAAUCAUCACUGUGAUUUCAAAUCGAAGAACCCGAGACAACUCCGGUAUAAACAACGCCCCUGCUAUUAUAACUAACUACCUACCAUUGUUAUGAUUACACACACACCUGCUACCGGCAACACCACGAACGCAGUUAACUAAAAGAAUUGCGAAAUCCUCUCUGUCUCUCUCUCCGUCCCCCGUUCGCAUCGGUCGGCAGCACCCGAGAUACUCCGGUUCCUCGCACUUCUCCGACAUCCCGAAUCAUAAAUAUAAAUACGGGGAAGCCAGUCGAUUGAUUUGGAAUCAUCCUGGCUCACAAUUUGGAAAAUUAAAAAUAAAAUAUAAUAAAAUAUAAUAAAAAUAAUAAAAAUAAUAAAAAUAAUAAAAUAUAUAUAAAAAAGAAAGAAAGAAGAAAGAAAGAAAAUACAAAAUACAAAAAACAAAAAUAAAAAUAAAAAAUAAAGAAAAAAUAAAAAUAAAAAUAAAACUAAAAACCAAAAAAACCAAAAAACCAAAAAAACAAGAAGACAAGGGGGGCGGCUGUGAAUCCAAAGAUUAAUAAAAAUAUUACAAUUUCCAUAUAAGUGGUUAACCCAGCAAACAGCAACAGGAUGCUCCCGAAGACGUCAUCGCGGGCUCUCUUUCUGCACACAAUUCAACAUCAUCAACCACGCCAACCCCUCUUCACCACUUCCACUUCCACUUCCACUUCCACUUCCACUUCCACUUCCACUUCCAUUUCCACUUCCACCACUCUCACCACUCUCACCACCACCACCACCACCACCACUCCUCCUCCUUCCGCCCCACUACGCCUAUAUAACUCGCUCCGCCCCUUGUCGUUCUUCCUGCGCACGACAUCUACCUCCAUAGCAUCAGCCUCUGCUUCCUCGCUGAGUACCAAUCGCUCCUUCACCUCUUCCGCCCGUGCCAGCUUUAGACCUACCGCCGGCACCAUGGUUGUUCAUAAUCUGAAAGACCGCGCCUCCUUCGACUCCGCCGUCGCAACAACCACCCCCGCCAGCACCGCCAGCACCGGCCAGCCCCCCAAACCGCUAAUCGUCGUCGACUGCUACGCCACCUGGUGCGGCCCCUGCAAAGCCAUCGCCCCCAAACUCGUCGAGUUCUCCGACACAUACCCAAACGUUGGCUUCUACAAGGUCGACGUCGACGAGUGCCCGGACAUCGCGCAGGAGCUGGGCGUGCGCGCCAUGCCGACCUUCAUCUUCUUCAAGGACGGCCAGAAGGUCGAUGAGGUGCUCGGGGCGAUGCCCGCGGCGAUUCUGGCGGCCAUUAAUAAGCAUGUUUCGUCGUGAGUGUGUGAGUGUUUGGGGGUGGAGGGGAAAAAGGAGGGAGGUUGAAUGGUAUAUUCUGGUUUUGGCUGCUUUUUGCCUUUUUUUUUUUUUUUUUUUUUUUUUUUUUUUUUUUUUUUUUUUUGUUUUUUUUGUAUACUUAGUAUGGAAUGGUUUCCCGGUGAGGGAUUGGGAAUGGGAAAUGUGGUAAAUUACAUAUGAUAUAAAAAAAAAAACCGGAGACAGAAGAAAAUAACAAGGAUGUGAUUUGAUUUUAAUAUCUUGAAUAUGAAUGAUAGAUAUUUGUAUUAAUCAGAAAAGGGAAGAAAUGAGUGAAUCAUAUUUAAAACAGUGAUCUCAUAUAUACUAUAACUACUGUGUUGUAUCAUAUGAGUAUUCUAGAUUCACUCUUUUUAACUAAAGAAUUACUGAUGUGAUUGAAGACUGAGAUGAAUCAUCAAAAGAAUGAA